AUGGCUUUCAAGAAUCAGAAAAAUCAUUGGGCAUUUCUGGAAGAAAUUGAAGCACCAAUGUGGGUGGAUCUUACUCUAGAAACUAAGCUCAAAAGCCAAGACAUUGAUGACAAAUGGUUCCAAACAAGUCAUUUGUUCCACCAAUGCUCUUCUAGCGAGUUAAAAUCUGCAUUUUCUUGUGCUGGUGAGGAUGGGGUGACCUUAGAGUUGGACUUGAUAGAAGAAUCAUCACCAACACUCACACAGUCAGUUUCAAGAUCAAGAGGCAAGGACUACGAGAGCCAGAAAUGGAAGGGGAACUAUCAUGAUGUUUCAUUGAAUAAGAUACAGCCAAUGAAGGUUUUGAAUGGGAAGCCUUCAGGGUUGGAUUCAGGGUCUGGUGAGGGCACAAAACCUAAAAUAAGCUUUAUAAGUUUGAAAGGGACUUCCUGCAUAAAAACAAGUUUGGUUUCUGAAAAAACUGAGAAUGUCGAAGGAAAAAAUGUCAAACCUGCUUCUAUCUGUGAAGGUCCAGAAAGGAGUUCAAGUCAUGUGGCAGAUAAAUCAGGUGAAACCAAUAGUAGAAGCACAGUUACGUCCGAAAGCAUUCAACAACAGCAGCAGCAGAAGUUUUUUGAGGUAUCAAGUCGAGGCUUUGGUCAAACAAGUGAGCUUUUAACAUCGGUGAGGGUUAGUCUUAGGAAAAGUUGUAUUACAAGACCAGCAUCAAGGGUGGAGAUUAAUGCUGAUAGAAGGGAAUCAAGAGACCAUAAAUCUUCCUCCGGCAAAUCUAGCGUGGGAUCAUCUUCAUAUUCUGGUUAUGAUGUUAAGAGGUCAACUACUGCAUGGAUAAAGAGGAAAGAACAAACCCCAGAUAGCAGAAAUGUAGCACGGAUGACAGAAGCUGCAAAGAAUAAAGUGAAACCUUCUAAUACGUGCAAUACAUCAAAUGUUAGAGGUAAGGAAGGGAAUCAUAAUCCUAUAACAGGAGGAUUAGUUACUGUUGUGAAGAAAACUUGGCAGGAAGCCACAAAAUCAAAGACAUUUGGAGUUUUGAACAUAUACUUAAUGCGGAAGACCAUUUUCAUGUUAAUUGAGGAACUGAUAACCCAAAAUUGGUGUAAUUUUUUGCAGGCUAAUUCUCAGAAUCAUCGUUCCAAACUUUCACUGCCACAUAAAGUUAAUGAACAGAAGUCACUUGCUGGUGCUACAAAAGCUAGAGAGAAAGUGGGAGUUGGCAGAAUCAACAAAGUGACAGGUGCUGGGAAAGAGAAUAAUACCAGAGAAAUUUUGUUGAGCAAGAAAUGCAGUGGAAAAGGCAGUGCUGAUGGAGGCAUGGUUGUGGGUAGAAAAGGGACAAGUCAGAGUGCAUCCCAGAAGGGUGGCAGAACAGGACCGGUUGUUCCCAAGGGAAGAGUUGGUAAUCAAAGGGAAGGGAAGAAUUUCACCAAUUCUACUCAGAAGGUCUACUUUCGAUGAGCAAGCAGAGCAGAUAAGGCCUGUAUAUAAUGUAAUUUCUUACUUCUUGUAACCAUUGGAUGGGAGCAUGCCCACAUUUAGGUGGUAAAUUUUGGUUCUCAUGGCUUAUGUCAAUGUAAAUUUUGACUGGCCAUAGUUCUCUUGUAUACAGCUCCUAAGAAAUCACGGUGCCUUUUGAAAUCUCUCUUUCACCCUCGGCUUUUCACUUUUCAAGAAAAUUGGUAAUUCUUCAUCCACUUAUUAACGAAUCUGAACUGGAUAUAAUGGCGAAGACCAAAUGACAACAUUUUGCAAGCUUGUCCGAAUCCACAGUUUAUCAGUUUGAUCAUGUGCAGAACACACAGCAAAAAGAGCGAAAAGAACAUUCACUAGCCCCAGGUUGAGACUUAUUAAA